AUGGGUUUGCCUUGGUAUCGUGUUCAUACCGUUGUAUUGAAUGAUCCCGGCCGGUUAAUUUCCGUUCAUAUAAUGCAUACAGCCCUAGUUGCCGGUUGGGCGGGCUCGAUGGCUCUGUAUGAAUUAUCCGUUUUUGAUCCUUCUGACCCUGUUCUUGAUCCAAUGUGGAGACAGGGAAAACCUUCUUUGGAUUUGCCGAAGAUCUUUGGAAUUCAUUUAUUCCUCUCUGGGGUGGCUUGCUUUGGUUUUGGUGCAUUUCAUGUAACAGGCCUGUACGGUCCUGGAAUAUGGGUGUCCGAUCCUUAUGGACUAACGGGAAAAGUACAACCCGUAAGUCCGUCGUGGGGCGUGGAAGGUUUUGAUCCUUUUGUUCCGGGAGGAAUAGCUUCUCAUCAUAUUGCAGCAGGUACAUUGGGCACCUUAGCGGGUUUAUUCCAUCUUAGCGUCCGACCGCCACAACGUCUAUACAAAGGAUUGCGUAUGGGAAAUAUUGAAACCGUGCUCUCUAGUAGUAUCGCGGCUGUCUUUUUUGCAGCUUUUGUUGUUGCUGGAACUAUGUGCCCAAGGGGUUGGUUUACUUUUGGACAUGCUUCGUUUGCUUUGCUCUUCUUCUUCGGACACAUUUGGCAUGGUGCGUCAACCUUGUUCAGAGAUGUUUUUGCUGGUAUUGACCCAGAUUUGGAUGCUCAAGUAGAGUUUGGAGCAUUCAAAAAACUUGGGGAUCCAACUACAAGAAGACAGCCAGUCUGA